AUGAUCAAACGUCUGGUUUCCCAAAACGAAGCUGCCGAACGCGAUAUUGUCAAUUCACCGGAUCGUCUGCAAUCUGAGCAAAAUGAUUUGGCAAAAUAUUUGGGUGAUAUCGAAAAACAGUUUUCGAUUGAACGACGUGCGUGUUGGGAUUUUAAAGAAAAGCAAAAGGCGCGAAUUGCGACCGCGCGAGUUCACGAACAUUUAGCGGAGAAUUUGAAUAAGUUGCAUGAACGCCGGGCAAGGGAGCAGCAAGAUGUGGCAAAAGCGGAGCGUAAUGAGAUUACAGUGAAAGUGGCUAAGGAGCAGGCCAAGCUC